UAAGGUAAAAUUGUAGUUUCCUCCCCCAGUAGUGAACGUUUUACCAUUUUUCUUUACCAUAUCAAGUUUUCUAAAAAAUAUUCCCCAAAAUCACCCGGUAAAAUAUUUUGGAAACUAAAUAAACUGAACCUGCCGUGAAUGUAUUCGCCCACAGCGUGUUUUCUGAGAGACAGUUCCGAAUCACCGAUGCACGCCGCUCAGUGCGCAGUCUGUAGCCAUGCCGCACAUGACGCGCUGAGCCCGCUGUGAAAUUCUGAUUUAUCCCUCUCCCUGGCCCCGUAAUAUAACUUAUUAUUUUUUUCAUCAAAUAGCUCAUUAAAACUUGAAAAGGGUCCCCCUAUGUUUGUGAUAAACCUAAAAAAUGUGUAAACUUAAAACUGCCUGUUUUUAAUAUUUCGGAGUACAGUGUUAAAAAUGCAAGCAAAAACCAAAAUUUUUGAUUUUACGUAUUUUUUAAAAAUACGCUUGGAAGUCGCAAGAACGAUGUCCCGAAAGUGAUUGCUUAUUUUAUUAAAAAUAUUAUAUUUUUAGGUUGUGUUUACCAUCUUUUGUCCUUAUCUUGUCUCUGCAUUAUGAGCUGUUUAAAUUUGUAUUGGAUUUUUUAAAAACUCCUCACGUAUUUUGGAAAAAUAUUUUAGCAAACUUGAUUCUAAUGCUAAUUUUAUGACGGAAUUUUAAAUAGCAGAUCAACUUCAGUUCAGCCUUUGGCUACGAGUCAUAAUUAAAAAAACAAACGAAUCGACAUGAAUUUGAAUUUGGUUUCACAAGGACAUUCGACUUUUACAUGGAAAAAGUACUAACGGUGACCAGUCGAACGGUUUCGAUACAUGCAGUUGCCCUGAUGAAGAAGGCAUGGACUUGUGUGCGCAUCUUUGCAACCCUUUUCAUUGCUUCACUGACAUUCCAGAUGAGGACCCAUGUAUGACUUUCAAACAGACGUUUGUCUGCGGCUAUGACGAUGCUGUGGUGUGUUCAGAUGAGUUUGGAACGUGUAUUCACGAGAGCUCUAAGUCUCUUUGUGCCUGUAAAAUUCCAUCGGGUUGGUCGCGUAAACUUGACAGUAGCUGCAAAGAUGAUUCUCUUGCUCCAGGACUCGGCGUCGCCUCUCUGACAGCUGCAUGUAUUCUUGCCGUGAUCUUGCUGAUCCUUGUGGUCACCGUGAGCUGCUGUUUGUGGAAGCGUGGCUUGCCUUGUUCACGCUCUAACAAGAGAUCUGCUCGACGGGAGUCUGAGGAAAUGGUCUCAAAAGGAAUCAAUGCAGAUGAACAAGCUCCGGAUCAACCGGUGCCCGACCAGGCCGAGUACUCGUACGCCUAUGGGCAUCGGUCGUGGGCACCAGCUGAUCACCCUCGGGUUGGCAUAAAACCUGACCUGGACGAGCUGCAGGAUGACCACUACUACUCGCGACUGAAACUCACCGACAGUACGAAAAGCACCCCUGGCCAGGAGAAUGCUCAGUCGAGUACCUGUCCAGUAUCUGGAAAAGAAGACCAUCUGAAGUAUUCUGGGGAUGGGGGGACCUAUGAGGGCCCAGCCAAUGGAGGGGUCAAGGCAGGUUACGUCAACGCCCAAUCAGAGGAAGGGGCUCAAAACCAGAGCUCGGGUUAUGAGGUUGCUCAAGUUCAACGUCCAAGUGACUUUGCACUGGGUCAAUCCAAUCUGAUAUCUCCCAGCACAGACGAACGGAUGAAUCGAGAUUCUGGGUACGAGAUUGCAACGGUGAAACCGGUCCUGGGCGCCGGCGACAAACACCACAGUUAUGUUACUCUUGAGCCACCCACGGAAAUUCUGUCUCAAAGCAAAGUGUCUGGCUACGAGGAAGUCACACAAGUUUGGGUCAUUCUUGAAGAGUUGUCAGAUUAUGAUCACCUCCAGCGACCUGGUUCCCAUAUACAGAUAGAUGGCACAAAUUAGGCAGCAAUGUUGCUAGCAAAUACUGACCAUUAUCUCGCCCACCAAUCGCCAAGCACAAUUGGCCUCAGUCAUAAAUCGGCCAUACUGAAUUGAAAGCAAGGUGAAGUUGUUUCAUUUAGGAACAUGGGAAUGAAAAUGAAAGCACUGAAAUAUAACUUGAUGCAUUUACGCUGACGAAUUUAAAAAUUGUAAUUAGUUGUACUAAAAUGUUUUGAGCAACUUUUAUGAAAGAAAAUGAAAGCGAGGCAUAGAACCUAAAAUAGUCUGGCACCACUCCAUUUAACAGAUGCAGAUUGCAUAAAGUAAUACAGAUUUUAGUAACACAACGAAAAUUGGCUUCCCUUGAUAAGGUCAAUAUUCAUAAGUCAAAUAUGUAGGAAAUGUUACUUAAAUAACUGUAUUUUUUUUUACUUCGAAAUCGCCCAUACGAAAUGGCCGGUAACACUCAUGAUACGAAAACCCACCGUGACUAAGAUUUUGAGUCUCUCGAUCACUGUACGGUACAGACUUCCAACCUGCAGUCUUGACGCGAUAUCCAGUCAGUUUAUAAAAUCAGUACGGAGGCGUAUAAGGGCCACAUACAAAUGAAUGCGAGUUACUAUCUCCCCGUGGAGAGUUGUCGAGUUUGCAACUCGAAAAGCAUACUAUUUGCAAGUGGCCCUUGUACGCCUCUUUAGAUCAGUGAUACCCGACAACAAAGAUUCAAGACUGAUAUUUUUGACAUUAUUCGCAUGUAAACAAUCGCUUUGGUAACAUCCAAUCUACGGUAGCGUAACACAACAGAAUGUCGUGACAUGGUGUCAUGACAUGCUGUUUGAAUUGACGUCCCACACAACUGAAAUGUGUUAGAAGUCGUGGGUAUGUAAAUUAAUAUACUUCCCCAAAAGAUCACUUUGAAUGUGUAUUUUACCUUCACAAUAUGUUUCAGUACUACGGAGCUCCUGUGGGCAGAUAUACAGGAUCUUAGAAUUUUAACCAAGUUCCUGCUUGUGCACAUUUUUUUUCUCAAAAAUGGAAAUUUAAUUGAGGGUUUGGCUUUCUUGCAUUUACAAACUGUUCUUGUUGUCGUCAUAUGAAAUUUGGACGUAUACAAGUCUGUUUCCUUUACCCGCUGAACUCUCAGCCUCACACAUUGCCGGUGCUCCCAUGGGUUUGCAAGCAGAGUGUUCGAUACGGCAUAGGCCAGUUUUUCACUGAGUCCGAAUUUUGCAAUACACCAGCAAGCAUAGCGAUGGAAAUGAAUCAUGUAUGGAAUCUUUCUGCAACUCAGUUUAGAAAUCAAUCCAUAUACACGUAUGUAACAAAGGUAAUUUGUGUGUGUAUUUUUGAAAUUUCAGUAUAAUUUCAUUAACUUUUAGUCUGCAAAUUUAAGUAUUUUUUAAAAAAGUUAUACAUAAGUACAUACACAGAUUUUACGUCGUACUGCAAAUUAAUACGCAAAUUAAUAUUCACGUCAAAAACUUUAGCUGUAUUAAAUACUAGAAUGUUUCCUAUACCGACAACGAACCUUCUUGUAUGUGGCAUGAUUUACUGUAGUAGUUAAUGCUGCCUUUCACUUUUAAUCAAUCUAUUUGAUAUUCUUGUUCCAUAAUUGUUGGCUUCUUGUUCGUGAAUAAUUUCUUUGUAUGUCUUUAACCUUUUGUUUGAAUCUACAACCAUAUCUUGAUUCAUGUGAAGUCAAUUCACGACGUGAUUGUUUCUAAAUAAACUUAAAGUUAACAAAACGUUUGCAAAACAAACGUAGUUAUCGUUAUCAUAUGAAAAGAAAAAAAAAGAAAAAUGUUUUGAUUUCUGUUUUCCCACUAACUUGUUUACAUGCUUUUUCAUUGUUAUUGUAA